AUUAACAACAAAUCAAGACCCUCAAAUGAGACUUGCCCUAUGCAUGAAUGACCGUAAUGGAUAGGUAUGAUUUGGUGAUGUUUUUUUUUUACUUUUUACCCUUUUUCACUGCAUUGCAUCAUUUGAGGCAUUUUCCCCUCUUAGUCUGCUCUUGGAAGGUUGAACAUAAUGCAUACCAAAAGUCUAGACACCUACUAGGUACCCCAGUAACAUCGACGAUAACACGUUAGCGCUUCGUGAUACUACGAAUUAGCAUCUAUGAAAAGGUCAGC